AUGGCAGACGCGUUCCUGAUGCCUACGACCUCCAUGAUCACCAGCACGACCUACUCAAGCAGCCAGCGAAUGACCUCAACAUCGAAUUUUUGGUUGAGCUCCCGCGCUAGUGGAAUAUGCAGGCUGCACACGCCGUCGACAUCCAGAGUUGGUGGUGACGAUCCUCCACCAUUGUGUGUCGAUCCUUGCUCGACCAAUCCGUCGGCAGCCGUCUUCUCCAGGGUGGUGGCGUGUCUGGAAGAUCUUAAGUCCCGAUGCAUUUUUAUUCAGCCCAGCAUCUCUUCCUCUUCUUCGCAGAUGGACAUCGGAACUUCUUCCGGGCAGCAGCGUAAAGCCGACGAUCCCGAUACACAAAACCGGAAACGAAAGCGGAAGCACAAGGGAGUUGAUAAUGAUGUUGGGUUUAACAAAUUGCCAGAUGACAUAAUCAUUGCCAUCCUGUCCCGUCUCAGUCCCAAGGAAGCCGCCAGGUCGAGUCUCCUCUCACGCAGAUGGAGAUACUUGUGGUCUUGCUCGUACGAUAUCCUUGUCUUUGACGACCGCCAAAUGUUAAAGUUGGAGAACGACCACUAUGAAGACGAAAUAGAUGUUCGGGACCUACGCGUCAUAUGCAAAGAAAUUGUUGCUAGAAAACAAUCUUUGUUCAGGAAAUUCGUUGCCUCGGUCAACCGUGUCCUGAAGCUUCAUCAAGGCCCAACUCUCGACGGCCUAAUCAUACACUUUAGUACAGCGCGUGACAAAUCCCCUUUCGGUCGCCGCCCGGGCUACAUCGACAGAUGGAUAUAUUCCGCCAUGUGGAAGGAAAUAAAGAUGCUUGAAUUGAAUUUCCCGGGAAACCACUAUGAAUUCCCGAACCUCGACCUACUGUUAUCAUACUCGCCAGACGGUGGAAAGUUUGGUUUAGGAUUCCUAAGGUCCCUUAGCUUGGAGGGCGUUGAUAUCGAGGACAAGGUGGUCAGGCAUUUUCUAUCCUCGUGUCCUUAUCUUGAACACCUUUGCAUAAGGGAAUCCAAGGCUACCAAGAGACUCCGAUUUGUGGAUCCUUUGCCGAGUUUAAAAGUUUUGGAGAUUUCAGAUUGUUCUUUUAUCAGGAAACUAGAAGUUUCUGCCACAAGUAUUGUCUCUUGUACGUACAAUGGAUCGAAUACCAUUUUUCCAUUCAGGAAAGCCCCGAAUCUGUCCGAGCUGACUCUUGGUCGUGAAUUCGCCCAGUUCUUUAUUUACGAGCCUUCCAAGCACAUGAGUUAUUCGGCCCAGCUGGAGAAACUAACACUAAAUAUUCACAAAUCACGGUUCCGUAGCCCUCUAGAAUUCGGACUUCCUCCUCCUGAUUUGCCAAAACUAUGCUCUCUCAAGCAUCUGGAGUUGAAUGUUACGUCCACCCUUAAGAGCAUAUACUUCUUCAUCUCAUUGAUUAAGGCGGCUCCUUUAUUGACCGAAUUUAGGAUGAAGAUAACCUACGUCAGAAAAAGCAAGUCGUACCUGAGUGGUGAAUUUCCUGAAGUGCUUCCAGAGUUUCACCGCUAUAGAUGCCGUCACAAAAACCUAAAGACGGUGAAAAUAAGUGGGUUUGUUGGGUGUUCGUAUGACGUCAUGUUUGUAUUUCAGUUACUUAAACUUGCUCAAAAUCUGGAAACAGUAACAAUUGACACAGAGAGCGAAUACUAUAGAGAAGAAAAGCCUCGUCAAUGUGCUGCCAACAACUCCCUGAAGGAAAAGUGUGGAUCUGUUUUGUUAAAGAGACGUAAAAAAUGGACCCAGGCACGAGCAAUAAAGCGUGCCCAACGUUUGAAGUCCCGUUAUUUUGGAAAGGCAGUAUUUACCGUGACGUGA